UCCGUACUUGGCACAUUUGAUUUGUCGUGAAUAUCUCAUUAUCUGGUCCCUUUUUCUCGAUAUAGCUCGUAUUUGUGGAUGAAACUGGCAGAUCAUCCUGUCUGCUCGCGCGGUUGACACCCUUGACACUUCAUCUUGGCGCGAAACCUCGUUCCCGCAAUGUCACCUUCCCGAACCGUCCUCAGCUCCAUGCCUUGGAAGUUCAUCAACACCAAGAAGAAGAAAUAACGACUGGUCUAUCCGUCCGUUAAGAGCCAUGCAUCGGUCGCCUAUCCAUCUCUCUUCACCUUCAGCGAUACAUCGCUGCAUGUCAGGAAGAUGCGAUCCUCAGCCAUCUUCCUCACAGCCAUCCACCUUUACGGUGUGUAUGCGCUGAGCCGCCGCGAUGAGAUCCUGGAACAGGCAGCCGCGAAGGCAGCGAACCAGUAUAUUAUCGAAUACAAGACGAGCGAACUCGCCGCCCGCGAUGUAGAGGCAUCGCUCACCUCACUCGAAGGCAUCGCGAUCCGCAGCUCUUUCGAUAGCCCCAUCUUCCGCGGCGCUAGCGUGGAGGUCGUAGACGGACUCGACGCCAAGGGUCUCGCGGCGCUGCCGAAUGUUGCGCGUGUGUGGCGGAAUGAGAUCGUCGCAGUCGAGGAGGCCACGCCGGGCGAGUUCUUCCCCGACGAUGCCGCUGCGGUCAAGUACGACGUCUACUCGGCGACCGGGGUAGACAGGCUUCAUACGGAAGGUGUCUUUGGUCAAGGUGUCAAGGUCGGCGUUAUUGACACUGGUGUUGCGUACAUGCACCCUGCGCUCGGCGGCGGCUUUGGCCCUGGCUUCAAGGUUGCUGGAGGCUGGGAUUUUGUUGGUAAUGGAGCAUUCCCGUCGGACCCAAAGAAGCCUGACGCCGACCCAGACGACCAGAGAGGCCAUGGAACCCACGUCGCCGGCAUUGUAGCCGGUGCAGGUAAUGCCUGGACCGGUGUCGCCCCUAACGCUACCAUCUACGCCUACAAGGUCAUGGGCACACUGGACGUGACCGACACGGAGACACUGAUCGAAGCCCUUCUGCGGGCCUUUGACGACGGCAUGGACGUCAUCACCAUCAGCAUUUCGACCCCAGCCGGCGGUGGCUUUGCAGAUAUUGCCUGGGCCGAGGUGGCAUCUCGGAUCGUGGAGCAAGGGACCGUGGUCACCAUGUCUGCCGACAACAAGGGUGACAGGGGCUUAUUCUGGAUCGGUGAUGGGGCUUCGGGUCGUAAUGUGAUUGCCGUGGCCUCGGUCGAUGCCAACUCGAGCGCAUCGGCCCCCUUCGCUCUUGACUUUCACGCAGCGGACGGGACCAAGACGGGUGUUGUCGCAGGAUACAUUGCUGCCCCCAAAUACUGGCCAUCUACCAUCCGCGACUGGCCAGUGAUCCCAAUGAACUUCAACACCAGCGACCCUGCAGACGGAUGCCAACCGUACCCCGCCGGCACGCGGAAUCUUACAAACACAAUCCCCCUGAUCCGUCGCGGAACCUGCAGAUUUGAAGUCAAGCUUGGCUACCUCGGCGCCCUGGGUGCUCAAUAUGUCAUGAUCUACAACAACGACGACCCACUCAUCGACCCGACCACCGACAACGCCAAGGAGAGCAUGGGACUGGUCACCGCCGAGACCGGCAAAGCCAUCAUCGAAGUCGUGCAGGCCGGAGGCAACGUAACCGCCAGCUUCACGCUCGACCCCGAAUCCCCCGUGGGCAUGCCGAACCCGUCCGGAGGCCGCCCCAGCACCUUCACCUCGUGGGGGCCCCUGUACGACCUGACGCCGAAGCCCGAGAUCGCCGCGCCCGGCGGGCUCAUCUUCAGCACGUACCUCAACGGCAGCUACCUGCAGAUGAGCGGCACCAGCAUGGCGACCCCGUACGUCGCGGCCACCGCGGCGCUGUACAUUGGCGUCUACGGCGGCGGGGACAGGUCGAGCCGCCCGGCCGGGUUCGCGGCCCAGGUGCGCAGGAGGAUCAUCACGAGCGGUGUGGCGCUGCCCUGGUCUGACGGCAGCGAUACGGACUUUGGCAUGGCAGCGAGCGUGGCGCAGGUGGGCAACGGCCUGGUCAAUGCCUACAAGGUCGUCAAGUACGACACGGUGGUCGACUCGGAGCCCUUGGCUCUCAAUGAUACUGCCAACUUCCAGGGGGAGCAGAGUAUUGUCGUGCGGAAUGGUGGGAGCUCCGCCGUGACGUAUACCGCCUCUGUUUCUGCAGCCGGGGGUUUUGAGAUGUUUAAUGCCCAGGGCCAGGUGAAGAAGUUUACCGAGAUCAGCCCUCUUGCUAUGGAGGUUGACGCUCAGGUGCCUGAACCUUUUGUGCUUCAGGCUGGGGAGGAAAAGACGAUCAGUAUAACAUUCGCCAAUCCGUCCAACAAGGGAUGGAACGCACAAUCUCUGCCCGUAUACAACGGCAAGGUUUUGAUCUCGGGCAGCAACGGCGAACAGCUUUCUGUUCCAUACCUUGGCAUGGCCUCAGACCUCAAAGCCGAGAUGGACCCUAUCUGGGCGACUGGCUACCCCUAUUCCAAGUCGGGCACGGGGUUUGUAGAUAUCAAAGACAAGGCGUACUACACCUUCAACCUAAGCCGCACCACCCAGGACUUCCCCAAGAUCUACACCAGCCUUCGGUACGGAUCCGAUCAAGUGCGGUGGGAUAUCUUCGAGGCUGGGUGGACCGAAACCAGCUGGAAGUGGCCCCUCGUCCCCAGCACGGGUGGCUACAUCGGCCCUGUUGCCGAAUGGACGCAGGACGCCAACUACGUCCCGGGACGGCACAAUGCAAGCCUCGUCUCGCCGCUUCCGCGGCCCGCUGGUGACCGCCACGCGGCUGGCCAGUUCUUUUGGCUCGGGAGGCUGGGCCACAAUGGAUCUCAGAUCGCCCCGGGCAACUACACUAUGCGCUUUGCCGCCCUCAGACCAUUUGGGGACCCGGCAAAGUCCGAGUCGUGGAGCUUGUUCAACACGCCCGAGAUACAGGUGCGGCCGUGUCCUGGGUGUGUUGAUUUGCCCUAAUCGAGUAGGAAGUUGUAUGAUUUAUAUCUUAGUCGUUGAUGUUUCAGACACAUGAAAGAAGCAGCAUAUACAUUCUUGUUUCCUCUCUUACUAUUUAUUUCAGUUCAGUUUGCAACAUAUUUAGACCAAAGUGCACAAAUAUCACAUAUUUGACACCCUGUUUCCUUAUUCGUUGUUUCCUCUCGCCGCAUCCUCGGUAUACCACCGCAACUAAUUCUUGCAGCUGCUAUUUACAUUUGUGAGAAUUGAAUAUAAUUUGAAACAAAAUAACCCGAACGCCAUCAAAACGCCUGACGCUUCAACCAACUAUACCGAAAUCUGGGAAUAUGUUGCCUUACACCUUAAUUGUAACACCACGGUAGAAAGACCUAGAUAAAACGCAUCUGUCGGGGAGAGUCACCUACGUUCAAGGCGCCGUGUUCCAUAAAUAGCCCGGCCAUAUCUGUUUUUCCCCGUCUCAAAGACUCGAUAAGAGGUUUCCGUCCAUCACAAUCAGCCGCGUUUGCGUCGGCGCCGUUCUCGAGAAGCAUUUUGACCAUGCCAAUCAUGUCAUGAUCUAGAGCCUCGAUAAGAGCCGUCCGUCCCCGAGAAUUAGCCGCGUUUACGUCGGCGCCGUUCUGGAUAAGUACUUUGACUACUUCAAUAAGGCCGCGGUAUAAAGCCAUGAAGAGAAGCGUUUCUCCGGAAGAAUUAGCCGCGUUUAUGUCAGCGCCGUUGUCGAUAAGUACUUUGAUCAUUUCAGUAUGUUCGUUGAAUACAGCCACGAAGAGAGGCCUUUCGCCCAAAGAAUUAGCCGCGUUUACGUUGGCACCGCGGUCGAGAAGCAGUUGGGCUACGCCGACAUGGCCAUACAUAGCUGCACAUGUCAAUGCUUGCAACCCUCUGCCUUUGCCCCAAAAUUUACGAUCGAUCUGUUCGGCCGUACAGAAGAUGUCGAGCAGUUUUUCAAGCCCUGCUCUGAUCAGAUAAUAAAGAACUCCCUUUUGGUGAGAGAAGGAGAAUCCAUGAUGAAAAGUACUAGAACUAGACCAUUCUUCAUAAUCCGAAAUAUUUAGCGAGACAUGCUUUGGAAAUUGGCUCGCCGUAUCCUUUUGGCGAUAACGUCUGGUCAAUGCCUGGAGAAACUUGGUGCUUCCCAUCGCGAGCGUGGCAAAACUCAGGGCUCCAUAUCUCUCUUUCUCUACCUUGAAGCAGGACCGGGCUUCUGAUAGAAGGUAGCUUAAGUUGACUGAUGGCUUAUCUCGGCGUUUGUGUUCUUCGUUUUGCUGAUGACUUUGGAUCAAUGCCUGGACAGCCUCAGUGCUUUUCGUAGCGAGCGCAGCAAAGAUCGGGGGUCCGUAUCUCUCUGCCUCUACGUUGAAGCAGGAAUUGGAUUCUGGUAGAAUUUCGAUUAGGCUGUAUAGAUUGCGUUCCGCUAAAAUGUAGCAGAAGCUGACUGAUGGCUUAUAUUGAAUGUCUUUGUCUGGGUAUAGGAGGUUGUGGUGGAUUACCCAGUCGAAAAGGGAGAAAUCUUGCAGAAAACCUUUCUGACUUGAGCCGUGCUUCUCAGCCCUAUUAGCGUGAAAUAGAAUGUUCUCAUUUGUAUACUCCAGGAAAGGGAAUCUAUCGCGCAAGGAGUAAAAGAAAUCAGGUUCUUUCGGCCAGUGGCGCUUGAGCUUUGAGGCAGAAAGACUAGCGGUAACAAGUUCGCUUGUCAUGUAUGCUAGACAGGCUUGCUUUAGCACCUGGUGGCUUUGCCUUUCGAGGCUCGCUCCAGUAACUGGCCAGACUUUUUGGAGACCAUUUUCCUUUAGUAAAACCUCUCGAACGGACUCGUGGAUGAACUGAAUUGUAGGAUGCUCGGACUUGGUCAACUCGGCCAGUCCCUUCGAGGUAUCGAGCACAAACUUGGCGAUUUCGUCGUCUGUGAUAUCUCCCGCAUGGUAGUCGGCUAGGUUUUCUGGCUUACUCGCGGAAAUGAUAGCGAGGUAGAGCUCCAUCGGCUUAAGAGGCCGCCUCGCGAAGAGAACCCAUUGUAUACAUAACAGAAGAUUCGGCGUGUUGAUAGUAUCCCGAGAAAGCAUAUCGCGGAAUAAUGUGUCAAGAUCGUCAGGUAUGUCGGCAAGCCGUUUGCGGAGGCCGCGGAGACCAGUAGUAUCGUAUGCCUUGUUUAGUAUGUUAACCACAAGAACGACCCACAUGAACACACCCGACGCCUUUUUAAGGAGGUCAGACCGGAUUUCCCCCAGAGCACUUUCAUUGCGAAUACAUAAGGUACUGUCGAUGUAGUCCGCAAUGUCUCGCUGAUGCUCCACCUUAUCCUCGAGGACGAUGCUACGUCCUUUCAUGAUAGUAAUAUUCGGGUAGUGUCUACUAGCUAGGCAGAUGUUGAGCUUUUUGCCAAUUUCGCAAAGGCCACUUAAACAUGCGAUCAUAUCUCGGACUUCCUGCUCUUUGCAUUCAUCUAGAGCAUCGAUGAAGCAAAUGACAGGGAUUUUACCGAGGGCCUCAACGGUUUCCGAGAAGAGUCCUUUAGCUGAGUUGACAUUCCAUUUGAUGCUGCUGCGGUAUUUGUCUAAAACAGACAAGAGGGCUGGGUAUAACUCAAGAAGUUGCACCACCAAUGAUCGGUAGAGACCGAGGGUGUUCUUCUCCAUGGUAUCGCCUCUUGCGUUGAAAAAGAAGGAGAUCACUUUAGGCCCCCUUUUAUUUCGUCGUGUAUAUUCCAACAAGAACUUCAUCAUCGUUGACUUCCCAGCUCCAGGUUUUCCUUUUAUCCAUAGGAAGUUGCCAGCGUCGCCCGAUUCUUGGUUUCUCAUCCAUUCGCAGUACGCUUCGUCCUGUAGGAACCAUUUGCAGGUUUUGGGAUAUUCUUUCUGAAUGGUCAGCUGGCGCGAGUCCAUCUGAUCGAAUUGCAGCGUCUUGAGAAGUGCUUGUCGGUGUUUGUGCUUCUUCUCGAGUUCCUUGCGCUUCCUCUCGAGUUCCUUGCGCUUCUUCUCGAGUUCCUUGCGCUUCUUCUCGAGUUCCUCGCGCUUUCGGUCGGCCUCGGCCUCGCGC